AGUCGUUUAGGUUUUUUCUGAACACUUUUGAUUCAUCAAUCCAUAGGAUCCCAUCAAAUAACUCCGUAUAUUCGGUUCACUGUAAAGAUUUGAAUUGUAUAGCUGUUUCAACGCAGUUCUCAACCAGCAGCACCGGGUGAAUUGGAAGACAUAAAGUAUCCUAGGUUGUCGACAACAAUUUAUUUUGACCUCUGCUACCUAAGAAACGAUGCUGUUAUCUGGAGUGUGGUUCCACUACCUCGGUAGUACAGUUCGUUAACAUGACUAAAGAGUAUGCAAACAUAGAAAUGGACCUGGCUUUUGGUUCUGCCAAGCCGUAUGGAUCCACAAGAAGUAUUGUCAGAAGAAUUGCCUCCAGUCUUCCUUUUAAACCAUGCCCCAGGGUCCAUUUUCAGCUGCACCCUUACACUGAGGAAGCUGGCUUGUUAAACAGCUCCCAGAGGCAGAGUGGGCUGUUGGCCUCUCUGGCUGAUGUGGGCUGGAUCGACCGGGAGGACGAACAGGAUGGGGGCCUCAACGGAAUGCCCAGGUCAGGGGCUCCUUCAGGACUUAUGUUCCGCUCCCAGCAGUCUCAGCCCAGCAGACGUCCUCUGACUAGGCAGAGGUCAUUACCCAGCCUGAACCGGGCUGACCUGAACCCCCAGGGCCAGACGACCGUCAACAAUGAGGCCAUCCAGAAGAUCAGUGCUCUGGAGACUGAGCUGGCUAAACUGCGGGCCCAGAUAGCACAGAUCGUUCUGGCCCAGGAACAGAAUGCACAGCCAGCCGCUCCUUCCGCAGGUGUACCUCCGCCUCCCCCUCCCUGUGCUCCUCCUCCUCCCCCCCCCCCGCCCCCUCCCCCUCCCCCCGUCGGUCUCCAGAGGAGCUUCUCAGCUAUUGACCUCAUCAAAGAGCGCCGGGGGAAGAAGUCUGAUAGUCUGCUCACGAUUGUGGAUGAGGGGCCUCGGCAGGCUGAGGUCCCAAGCAUGCUGGAUGUUCUGAAAGACAUCGGCAAAGUCAAACUGCGUUCAGUCAAGAGUCGCUCUGACGAGGGCAAGGCCAAGGUCUGUGACCCCACAGAUGCCGCCUCACUCAUCGCCGAGGCCCUGAAACGCAAGUUUGCCCACCGCCAUCGCCACGACAGCCAGGAGGACGACCAGGAGUUCAACCUCCCUGCCCCAGAGGUCAAACCUCGCCCAGAGGCACCGCUGUUUGGUCAGCACAUGCUGAAGUCCACAGGGAAGAGACGGGUCCUGUAAGGAGCUGUUGAAGACGAGCAAGGACAUUCGAGUCUGGACAUUCGAGGGCUUCAUCUCAGUCUGUUCCUCAGCUGUCACUUCAGAGGAACACGUUCAUCUCUGCCACAGCAGUCAGCCUGCUCUCCUUCCCUGUUCACCCUCAGUGCUGCAUCUCAAGACAGCCUCAUCGUUUUUGCACUUUGAUAACUUACAGUAUCACUGCUCAGUUGGACCAAAAUGUUUUUAUUUGUACUCAGUUGCUUGGUGUGAAAUUUCCUGAAAUUGAGGAAAAUUCCUGUUCCGAUAGGCCCUCUGUUCAAAGUCUUCAAUUAACAUUUUCUGUGUGACGUGCAUAAGCCAUACUGUGUGCAUUAUGAGUAUGUUGUGGACUCACACGAUUAACUUAGUAGUUCACUACAGAAUCCUAAUAGCCUUCCUGGUCUAUUUGUUAUCAUAUUGUAUAUGUGGGAUUAGUGCACAUUAUCUUCUUUAUUGUCUCUUUUGUUGGGAAGGUUGCUUUUCCUCAGAGCUAGUGUAGGCUCUAAACUUUGAUCUAACACAGAGGAAAGGAAUCCUUUUCUGACGUCUGGUCUCUUGUGGAGUAAUGUGUAUUUUUGUCUUUGUAGUGUAAUUUAUAAUUUGGGAUACUUAUUUAUGUUUUGGUUUUAGGAAAUCAUUUAUUUUUUUAACUGAACGCAGAAAAUAAUGUGAUUGCUCUAACCCAUUGCUGAGUGCAUUAAGAGAAUAGAUGACUAAAUGUAUUUAUAGCGGAAUUUAGCCUGUUUCUAUUUUAGCUGUGAGAUUUGUAUUGAGAGAACAUAACAAGACCAGUUUCCAAGCAGAAACCUGCCAGUCUCAAUACCUCAAGCCUGAUCGCUGCCUGAUCGCUGCCUGAUCGCCACCUUAUCACCGCCUGAUCGCAGGAAACAACAUUGACCUUGACGUUAAUCUGUAGCAGGUAUACGCUGCUUCUUGUCUAACCUUGCCAGUGGUAGAAGUUGUGUUUUCGUUCAACAGUAGAAGCUUUCACCUGUCGUUUGGGGCCUUAACUCUGUCCCACAGUUCAGAGACAAAAACAUUCCAUGAGGGAGGUCACUUAGUGACGACUUAGGUGCAUUUGUAUCAUUCUGUUGUAAUGACACGGUACCUUGGUGCAAAGGGAAAGCUGCUUCAAACAACUCUAACCAUAGUUCCGAUAUCAUAGUUAUAGUUAUGGCAGUAAUACUUGAUGUUUUGAAAACAAAACCGAUAUCCUUGACUAAAAACAAAUAGCAACCGUUGAGAACAACCUCAGUGUUUUGUAUCAGUAUGACACUAAUCAUAAGGAUUCCAGUUUGAUAGAAGAGGUCAGUGUUUUGUAUAUCAUGGUUAGUUUCCAUUGUUCUGUCAAUGAUGAUUCAAGUGUGCCUUCAAACUACACUGUGACACUACAUUGUUUCUUAUCUGUUAAAAGUUCUGUACCUAGACUGGAAUCAAAUUCAUUAAUAAAAUAAAAACAAAAGAAACUGUGCAGUGUUCUUAGUCACUCCAAGAUUAGGGGGAGAUAUAAACUACUAGAUUGACACAGGGCAUAGAAACUAGCAAAUGAUUACAUUUGUGGGGUUAUUACAAAUCACAGAUAAGAUCAUUUUUGCUUCGAUUCAGAUAUAAUAUCAGGUUGUGACUCACCAAGGUCAAAGACCAUGUCAGGCAUAAUUAAGGAUUUGGGCCCAUUAUGUCAACUGGUUUUAUUAAUCAAAAGGCAACUGCAACAGGCAUGUAUCAAAAGGGGAAUAUGGCUAAGCCUUCACAAAGUCUGGCUUGAAGCUGAAGUCUUCAUCCCAAAAUGGCUGUUGCGACAAAUUGUAAACAGUUUUUAUCAACAGUCUUACAGCACUUACAACAAAAAUACAAGUCAGCUAAAAUCAGAAAAGCACCUGUUAUCGUUCAGAAUGUCUAAAUACAAACACCUGUUUUUGUGCCACUGUACAAGAUCAAAGCAGACAAACUAAAAACAUCAGGAAAUGGAAUGUUCAAAAGUCACCUUUUUUUCCAUAUAAAGAAGGAACAGACUGGGGGGGGGGGGGGGGUUCAGUAUUUUCUCCUUACAACAAAAGGCAAAAGGACUGGACAGUGCAUUAAAAGGGACAAGCACACCAUGCACUUCGUGGGAGGAGCAGGAGCUGGUUUGGUCACUUAGCGUAGUCUGUGCAUAGUUAUAAGGCAUCAGUCGAGCAGGUCUUCUUGGUUGCAUGUGGUUAAAAGAGACAUUCUGUAGAGGAGGGAGGGAGUCGCCUUCAGUAGUUGUAAAGGAAACCAGGCUGAUCCUCUGGAGAGGUGGCCCCUCCCCCGCGUCUUGCAGUCCUUCCCUCCCCCUCCGGGUGGCGAUAGGCGUACCCUGAGCCAGUGGAGCUGUGGUGAGAUGUGCGUGUGAUGACUGAGGGAGUGAUCCAGGGUUCAACGUCAGGUUCGGGAGGCCCAGGUCCUCCUGCCAGCUCUAACACCACUGACUGACUUGUUGCUUCAUCUUCAAAACAGCUGGACUCCUUUCAGAAGAGCAAAGAGGAAGUGGAGUUGUGAAAUACUUUUGUUGACUGUUCAUCACGCCUCUGUUGGAGAGAGGCUGCGUGUCUGAUACUGUCGCUGGGAGGGACUGAAAGAGAGGCUGGGAAUACGAGGGAGCACAGGUGGAGCGAUUUAUGGCAUCUGGUGUGUUUGUCCGUCUGACUGACUUGGGCGUUACUCAUGGCUUCGAAGGUGACAGUUUAAACCCAAGUGGUUUUUUCACAUCUGUGCUUACAAGGCAAAUCUGGACAUUAUUUGUUAGAGGGACAGAUAGGACGAACAAACAGGACAUCUGUAAACAGUCUUCAUAGAGGCAGCAAAACGACAGGGCUUAUCACAUUAUAUUUCUCACACGAGGAAGAAUAUUUCGGUACGAAUGCAUCAACACACACGGCAUUUUUGUCAAGUCUUAAAGCGAGGCUUGUCUCUGAAUACUCAAGGUGUUUUCAAAUCGAUUUCUUCAAAGUCAUUCAAGGACAUUUGAAUGCAAAUGGAACUUCCCAUCCAGGUGUUUAUCCAGUUCUUGUUAUUCCCUUAAAUUUGCCAUCCAAAUAGUGGUGUGUCAAAUCAGUAAUGCCUACAAACUACAGAGGAAAAAUAAAUAAAAUAAGCAAAUUAAAGGAAAUACAGCAGUAGCCAAAUGAGGUAUCUAUGUAUUGCUCUAUGUCAAAGAAAGAAAGGAAUUAAAAUUAAAUAAAUAAAAAUCAGUGGUUUAUCAAAAUGAGAUGGGGGGGGGGGGGGGG